ACUGCUCUCCCCCUCCCCGCCUCCCUCCCCCCCCCGUGACUGGCUCGCGCCGCUGCUCGAGGCAGAAGAUGGCGGACGGAGUGGAUCACAUCGAUAUCUACGCAGACGUCGGCGAGGAGUUUAACCAGGUAACGGCUCCGGCCCGCGGGCCUGUGUGUGUGAGAGGCCGCCGGGGCGCUGCUUCCGUGAGGCAGGGGAGGAGGGUGCGAGGCGCUGGCUGCGGGUUGUUAUUGUUUAGAGUCAGGCUCGGGCCUAGUGCCCCGGCUCUCCCCCUCCUCCCCUCCCCGCUCUGCGGGAUAGAACGAACGGCGCGUUCCAGAACGGAUACACAUACACUCACACUCGGUCUCACACUCGCCCUCAGUCAUACACUCACCAACACACUCACCCUCAGUCACACACCCACCCUCAGUCACACACUCACCCUCAGUCACACACUCACCCUCAGUCACACACUCACCCUCAGUCACACACACACAUACACUGCGGGUCUACCGGCCGCUCACUGCACCGUGACCGCUCUGUCAUAACCAUAAUAAUAUACAGCAAGUUACUGGCAGACACAACAAUGUGUGUGUGUGUGUGUGUGUGUGUGUGUAUAUAUAUGAGAUGCCUGCUCUCUGUCAAUAACCACAAUAAUAAUAUAAAAUACAGCAAGUUACUGGCAGACACAACAAGAUCUAUAUAUAGGAGAGGCCCACUCUCUUUCAAUAAUAUACAGCAAGUUACUGGCAGACACAAUAUAUAGCCCUGCUCAAAAUAGCUUGGCAUUAUAUGUAUAUGUUGAAAUACCAGAGUAUUGUAAGAUGCAAUGAGUUAUAUAGAUAUAUACGGUAGAUUAUAUAUAUAUAUAUAUAUAUAUAUAUAUAUAUAUAUAUAUAUAUAUAUAGAAAUUAAAUAUAUUGGACCAACAAUUAUAUUUAAAAGACAAGCUUUCCAGAGUUUUCCCCCCUCUUCCUCAGGUCUGAAGCAAUGCUGAUCAAAUACUAAAACCAUUCUGCAAUACUCUUGUAUUUUGGUGUCUUGUCUGCUGGACCUAUACGAAUAAUCCUAUAUAUAUAUAUAUAUAUAUAUAUAUAUAUAUAUAUAUAGGACAAGUUUAAAAGUGGCAGUGCUGUUUUAAAAAGAAAGAUAAUCCAAACAAUCAGCUACCUAAGGGAACUCCACUUAAGAUCUGUGCACCAGUAAUGACACUCCAGCUGUGUCUGCAGGGCUUAACCCUAUAUGUUUAGGAAUAAAAGGAAACAAUUUGUGGUCCUGGGCGAAAACAAGCAGUUUAAUAAUGCUACCAUUAGUUAAAGGCUUAAGCAAUUUACUGGAUGACCCUAUACUCCCGUUAUGAGUUAGUGGAGAAGCCUUAUAAGUCUAGUUAUAUUCCUAUUUUGUUUCUAGUUUUGAGAUGUGUAUAUGUACAUUUAUUGCUGGUCCAGCCUAACUUAGGUUAUUUAAACAAGAUACUUACUGACCAGCUUUCACUCACCCACUUUGUUGUGGUUUGAGUGACUACACUUUUUUUUUGUUUCCUUUUAACCCCUUAAGGACGGAGCCAAAUGUACACAUUGUGAACAAAACAAAAUGUAAACAAAACCUGGCAUUUGCGCUACAUGUCUGUCCAACCGUAAUACACCUCUUUCAUAUUAAAUACACCCACCCUUAUUAUAUAUCAUUUUAUUCAGGGGAAACGGGGCUUUCAUUUAAUAUCAAAUAUUUAGCUAUGAAACAUAAUUUAAUAUGAAAAAAAAUGGGAGACAAUAAGAUUUUAUUUUUAUUUUUUAAUUCUACAUGACAUUUUAACGGCCAAUGUCAUAAUACUGUUUGCUUUUACUGCAAUAAAAUACACAUAUUUGUAUUCAUCAAAGUAUCACGUGUAAAACAGUACCCCCUAUGUACAGAUUUUAUGGUGUUUUGGAAAGUUACAGGGUCAAAUAUCACGUUACAUUUGAAAUUGAAAUUCAUCAGAUUGGUUACGUUGCCUUUGGGACUUUAUAGUAGCCCAGGAAUGAAAUUUACACCCAUAAUGGCAUACCAUUUGCAAUAGUAGACAACCCAAGGUAUUGCAAAUGGGGUAUGUCCAGUCUUUUUUAGUAGCCAUUUGGUCACAAACACUGACCAAAGUUAGCUUUAGUAUUUGUGUGUGAAAAAUGCAAAAAACGCCAAUUUUGGUCAGUGUUUGUGACCAAAUGGCUACUAAAAAAGACUGGACAUACACCGUUUGCAAUAUCUUGGGUUGUCUACUAUUGCAAAUGGUAUGCCAUCAUAGGGGUAAUUUUCAUUCUUGGGCUACCAUAGGGUUUCAAAGGCAACGUACCCAAUCUGGCAAAUUUUAUUGUGAAAAAAAUGAAACACAAGCCUUAUAUUUGACGCUGUAACUUUUGAAAACACCAUAAAACCUGUACAUGAGGGGUACUGUUGUACUCGGGAGACUUCGCUGAACACAAAUAUUUGUGUUUCAAAACAGUAAAAAGUAUCGUAGCAAUAAUAUCAUCCGUGUAAGUGCUGU